AUGAGUAAUCCUCCUCCUCCAAUACCACCAAAGCCAACAGCAACAGCAACAUCACCUCCAAAUCAGCCACCUGGAAACUACCCACCUCCACAGCAACAAGGUUAUCCUCCACAACAACAACAAGGUUAUCCUCCACAACAAGGUUAUCCACCACCUCAACAUCAACAAGGUUAUCCUCCACAAGGUUAUCCUCCACAACCUGGUUAUCCACCACAACAAGGUUAUCCACCACCACAACACGGUUAUCCACCUCCACAACAAGGCUAUCCACCACAACAAGGCUAUCCACCACCACAACAUGGUUAUCCACCUCCACAACAACAACAAGGUUAUCCACCACAGCAAGGUUAUCCUCAACAACCGGGUUACCCACCUCCACAACAACAAGGUUAUCCACCAUCCCAGCAACCCGGCUAUCCUCCACAACCUGGUUAUCCACCACAGCCAGGCUAUCCAGCACAGCCACAACCAGGAACAGCAAAACCAGGUACAAAACUGAUGGCUCCAGUCGGAAGCAAGUUUGUUACCGCACCACUGUCACAUCUGAAUGUCCGCAUCAUUUCGGCUAGGAAUCUAAUGGCAGCGGAUGUAAAUGGUAAGAGCGAUCCCUAUUGCCGUAUCAAAGUACCAACAUUAUCAAAGUCCUACUCUACCAAAGUUAUUCAAAAGAAUCUAAAUCCUACUUGGAAUGAUAUCUCCAAUUCAAUGUAUGAUGCAAUAGUUAUUGAAGUGUAUGAUAAGGAUGCUGUUGGUUCGGAUGACUUGAUAGGAUAUGUUGCAUUCGAUCCAUCGCUUCUACCGAAGGGCAUAGAGGUUUGCACAUGGGAGAAGCUAAGCUUUGUUCCACAUGGUGAAAUUCAAAUAGCACUGACUGCAAUCAAUUUCGGUCUAGAGAUGAUUCCACCAACCUACGCACAAGAGUAUAUCAACUAUAGACAAUCGCUGCCAUCGGUCAGCAAGAAAGGUAUGGAAAAGGCAAAAUCAAAGAGUCACACUAAGAAAUCGAAAUCAGGCAAGAAAGUCAAAGAAGCUGGACCGUAUGCAGGAAAAGCACCACCCACCGGUUACAGCAUUGCCAACGGUUGGGUUAAGAAGAAUCCAUCGAUCGGCGAACAAACCACAAAAGCAAUCGGUAGCGGACUUAAAUCUUUCAAGAAAUUCGUUGAUAAACUAUAG